AUGCUGUACGACAUCAUCGAGCGACCCGAGGGCGGCGGCAGCAGCGCCUACAAGGGAGCAGUCAAACAGGCGCUCGACGUCGCCGCGGCGCUCACCACGGCGGGCAAUAACCUACCCAGCGUCGAACAGUGGCGGCGGUUCAGGGCGGCGGCGUCGGGAGCCCUCCCCGCCCCGACACAACGCGAACGAGCGGCCACGAGGGCGAGAAUGGCGGCAACGGGCUAUGUACCACCCCCCACGCGAGGGGGGCGCGACGGCGAGCGCCUCACCGCGAUGCAGGUGGCGGUGCGAGAGGCGACCAACGCAGCCAGGAAGGCCGCAAAGACGAUUACGUGGACGGCCAUCGAAUGGCGCAAGACGAACGCGCCCGAGCGCGACACGAGCGGGGGGGCACACAGCGGCGGACAGGGGGAUGCCGAGCCUUCGAUCAGGGUGGUCGUCGCUGGAAGCCGACGAGCGGAGACGCGCGACACGGGAGCGGACACAGUCCCGCGCCCCUUGCCAGUCAACAUCAUGAGAGGCACCGGGCUCGGCAACCCAUUCCCCAUGGGGAAGAGAGGCACCGACGAGGCGCUGCGCGACCAGGUAUGCGAGGCAUUCGACACGUGGCUCCGGCUGCGCACCGUUCCCGCCUCGGCCGUGGGGGACACUAGAUCCACGCCAGCGCUCAUCCGACAGGCCAACGGGCAGCCCUUCUCACAGGAGAUCGCCCCUCGACGCUCCGACGAAGCCAGGACGGGGAACGACGCCGUCGCGGCGAUGCGGGCCGCGCUGAACGGCCGCGGCAACGCCAAGGUGGUGCGGCUCGGAUGCUCGCCCUCGUGUCGAGAGGGGAGGCUGUGCCACGGGGACAGCCUCGCAGCCAUGGCGCGAGAGCUCAUCGGCGUACGAGACGAGCGGCGUAGAGAGGGGCAGCAACGCACAAAGGCAUACCAGAUCGGGCACCUCAGUCUACUGCGGUUUCGGCACGGGCGCGAGAGGCAAGUGUCACAGCGGACCCUCGAUGCGGUGCGCGAGGCGCAGGGAGCUGGGGUCGAGCCGUGGAACACGGCAGAGCACGACAAGACAGUCCACGGCCCAACGCCCGAAGGCGGGACGACGAACCCGAUGGAGAGCGAGCCGCCAGUGAGUGAGACGUACGACGACGAGGGAGACGACGAGAGAGACGAGAACGCCUCGGCGGACGACGAGAUGGCCUUUAUCGACGAUGAGUUCUUCGAGCUCCCCAACGUAGCAACGGAGGAAGAGGCGGAGGGCGGGGGGAGCCAGAGUCAGUACAGCCAACAGAGUCAGGGGAAAGAGAGCGAGGGGAGCCAGAGCAGCCAAGGCAGCCAACGGGCGCCCAGGAAGGGCCAACGGAACCGAAGAGCCGCACGACGCUUCCUGGACCGACUCCGUUUCGAACUCCUACAAGGAGGCAGCGGCGGGGACGGACACAGACACCCCGAAGACGCCAACGACGGCGACGAAGAUGGAGAGAGGAGCGAGGACGAAGAGAUGCCCGACCGCACAACAGAGCCAGGGCCGAGCGAGCAACCACCCGAAACGGGCCAUCCAAACGAAGGCAGCCAGACAGACGACGAAUUCACAGUGAUGGACGUAGACGAGGAACAGCCAGAGCACGAGGCGUCCCAGCCGCAGAGGAAGCGGGGGCGAUUUGAGAAUGAACGUAGCGAUUCAAUGGGUCAGGCAGAGGGGGCGAGCCAACAGCACACAGAGGACGGGGGGCCGGUGACGUACGGGGAGGAGCGCGCACGCACUGCAGGGGACGAAAGGCACGAAGGCGCCCCCCUGCCGGGGUGGGUGCGAGGAGGCGAGACGCGGGGGGCACAGCUUGGACAGCAGGCGCGCAAGAGACAGAAAGCCAGGGAACAAAGAGGAGGCAAGUAG